AUGUUAACUCCAAGAAUCAUAAGGAAAGAAUUUGAUGUUAAAAAAAGAAGUCAGUUUACCUUGUCAAUCUUCGGUCUUCCCGACCGCCCCUCUCGAAAGGAGAAUGUGCAUUGGCUGACCCAAAAAGAAUUGCAAUCUGCACAUGUUCAUGCUCUAAUUAACUGCAUUGAAGUUAGGUCAUAUCUUGACACCGGUGAACAAGCAACUACCGGUCACAUACAUGCAUCUUUUCCUGCAUGGUUCAAGGAUCAAUUGUCAUGCAUUGUUGCACUGACUCAAGAAAUACUUCAUUUGAGAAACUUAUCUAGAGGCCCUGUUCAAAGAGCAAUUGAAUGGAACACAUACUUUGUGAACGGCUAUAAAUUUCACACCCAGGCUUAG